AUUCGCCACGCAAUAACUUCACUCAUUCUCAAGUAAUCCAAUGUUCACGAAUGCGUAUAGUACUUUGUUCCAACACAUUCGGCGAUUGUAUUUAUGUAUUGAUAACAGCACAAAAGAUAACCAUAUUCUUGUUUACUUUUUCCUCUCACACAUCACGAGCCGGCUGGAUCUGGUGGAAUGCCAAAAAAUGCGCUUGUUUAAACCGAUAAUUGCGGCACACCGCCGUUACGGAUCGUCGGCGUUGAGUGCACAGAAAUGGAUUUAUGCCAAAACCUUCAAAGGGGAGCCAAAUCAGCAAAACUUCAGAUUGGAAAAAGAGGAACUGCCAGCUCUAAAAGACGGAGAAUUUCUAGCACAGGCCCAGUACAUCAGCGUGGACCCGUACAUGCGCCCGUACAUGAUGGCUUAUCCCGAGGGAUCGCUUAUGAUCGGUGGUCAGGUGGGUAAAGUGCUCGAGAGUAAGAACACAUCAUUUCCCGCCGGAGCAACAGUAUUCGGCCAGUUUGGUUGGCGCACGCACACUGUGUGUAAUCCCAGCGACCAACCGAUGAAUGGACCAUACACUUACGUUUUGCCAGAUUUUGGUUCAUUACCCCCAAGUCUGGGACUGGGAGUACUGGGUAUGCCAGGAAAUACAGCUUAUUUUGGCCUGUUGGAACUUUGCAAUCCCAAAGAGGGAGAAACUGUGGUUGUUAGUGGGGCGGCCGGAGCGGUUGGCAGUCUCGUUGGUCAAAUUGCAAAACUAAAGGGCUGUCGGGCGAUCGGAAUCGCAGGUUCUGAUGCAAAAUGCCACUGGUUGAAAAGUAUCGGUUUCGAUGGGACAAUCAAUUACAAGACAACGAACAAUAUUUUGGCAGAUCUGAAAAAGAUUGCACCGAAGGGAAUCGAUGUGUACUUCGACAACGUUGGAGGUCAAAUAUCGGAAGCAGCGAUCAAAUUGAUGAAUUUGUAUGGUCGAAUUGCCGUGUGUGGGACGAUUUCAAACUAUAAUACAUCGAUCGAAAAGGUAACCGAUCCGAUGAGAAUGAUGGUUUACAAGCAACUGAAGAUGGAAGGUUUCACUGUUUGGCGGUGGACCGAUCGCUGGACUGAAGGAAUAGCGGCCAAUUUAAAGUGGAUUCAGGAGGGCAAAUUGAAAUGGCAGGAAACGGUCACGGAAGGAUUCGAGAAUACGCCGGCUGCGCUCAUAGACAUGUUGAAAGGAGGAAACACAGGCAAGGCUGUGGUGAAAGUUUAAUGAAAUCAUUUUACUAACAUCCAAUGAGAAUAACUUGAAACUGUUCUAAGAAUCACCAAUAGACAAUCUAGAAAUGACUAAGUACAGUGUUUGCAUUUUGUCUUCCAAUUUUACGAUAAGAUUAGAUACCGUACUGACCGCAUUGCUUUGAGAUUAUCUAAGAAUGGUCGAAAAGAAUAACACUACAAGCUACCUAUCUUUUGUACCCGUACUCGCGUUUGUUGUUUUCCAUCUCGUUCUAGGUUCAGAAUUUGAUGUACUAGGUUAAUAUAUAAAAUGUUAAUUUUCGUCUCAAUAAAUCAGUCAUCAGUUGAAAUUCAAACGCA